AUGUCUCCUAAGACUUUAUUCUGGUUGUUCCUCGUUGCCCUUCUUAUCAAUGUUUCUCGGAGUGCAAACAUUCUCGCAGUAUUCAGCUGUGCAGCUCCCUCGCAUUUAAUUGUGGAAAUGUCAAUGGCCAAGGUACUGGCCGAGAAUGGACACAAUGUCACGGUGAUCACAACUCUAAGGCCGCAUGUUACUCACAAAAACAUAAACCUCAUAUACAUACCACUCAGCAAGGAGGAGCAGCAAGCACGGGACUCUCUCCUGGCCGGCAUGAUUGAGAGAGACAAUUCCAACAUGCUUGUAACUGCGUUUCGCAUGCGAAAAGAAGCGUCGUUUUUAUUUAACAAAAACCGUAAUGUGAUGAAAGAUCCCCGUGUGCAGGAUCUCUACAAGAACAAGGAUAACAAGUUUGAUCUGGUUAUGCUCGGUUACUACCUUAACAGCUUCCAGUUAGGCAUAGCUCAGAAACUCAAAGUGCCUGUUGUGAUAGCGACCUCGUUAUUCCAAUCAAGAAUAUUCGAUGUUUUCUUAGGUGAUAUCGGCGAACAAGCCUAUGUUCCAACAAUGUUUAUUUCCGUCGAAAAGGGUCGAAUAAUGACUUUUGCACAAAGAUUAAUCAAUUACCUGUCACUCAGUGCCUUUAAGAUGAAUAUGUACCUUACGGAAAAAGAUAAUGCAGAAGCUUACAACGAGCUCUAUGGUAGCGAUCCGACCAUGCCAAAAUAUGAGGAUCUGAACAAAAAUGUAUCGCUUAUAUUCUUCAAUUCUCAUGCCCUUAGUGAGGGUCCCAUUAGGCCCAGUUUUCCGGGAGCCAUAGAUGUAGGGGGAAUACAAAUCAAGGAAAAGCCCGAGCCUUUGCCCAGAGAAAUUGGAGAUUUUAUAGAGAAUGCUACACAUGGUGUUAUCCUUCUAAGCCUGGGCUCACAUGUAAAGGGAACCUUUUUGCAGACCGAUACAGUCACCAGGAUGUUCAAUGUGCUGUCCAAACUAAAACAGAGAGUCAUUUGGAAAUGGGAAAAUCUGGAUAAGACUCCUGGCAAAUCAGAUAAUAUACUAUACUCAAAAUGGUUACCACAGGAUGAUAUUCUAGCGCACCCCAAAAUCAGGCUCUUUAUAAAUCACGCAGGAAGAGGCGGCAUUACCGAGUCUCAGUUUCAUGGAAAGCCCAUGCUCUCGCUUCCUGUGUUUGGCGAUCAGCCUGCCAAUGCUGAAAAAAUGGUGAAGGAUGGGUUUGGCCAAAGCAUGAGCUUGUUAACCCUGGAGGAGCAACCUUUUCAUGACAAAAUUAUAGAAGUUCUCGAGAAUCCCGAAUAUACGCAAAAAGUAAAAGCUUUUUCGAAGCUAUUCCGCGAUCGCCCAUUGACUGCGCGUCAGAGCGUGCUCUAUUGGACCGAGUAUGUUCUGAGACAUCAUGGAGCACCUCAUCUGCAAAGUCCCCUGGUUCACAUGGGCUUCAUAGCAGCCAAUAACUUGGAUGUUUAUGCAUUGCUAUUAAGUUUAUUAAUUGUUUUUCUUAUUAUUAGUAAAGUAGUAUUAAAGAGUGUAUACAGAAAACUUAACGCAUUGGCCACCAGAAAAGAAAUUGUUGGAAAGGCCAUGAAACUAAAGACUAAAUAA